AAAACAGCCAAUAUACAGAUGCCGCCAGGCGGCGAACGUACACGUGCGACGGUUUUUUUUCCCUUUUUUUUUCCUCGCGGCUGCAAUGUCCAAGAGGCCGUCGCGAAGCGAAGCCCUCGACGACAUCUCCGUCUGGGACACGGAGGAGGUGCUGUGCCUGCUGCGCAAGAACGGACUGGAGGAAUGUUGCAACGCGGUGGCGAAACGGCAAAUCGACGGUGAUGAGUUGCUACACUUGACGGAUGGGAAGCUGGCUCUCUGGAAGAGUGACCUCACGCGUCCGCUGAUAGGAAAAUUAUGGACUUUUGUGCAAGAACUGAACAAGUCUCCGGAAAAAUAUCUACCAAAUAAAAUUACAGAAGUGCAACAGAACGAUGAUCACUUGAGCGACAGCGGUUCCUGGGGAACUGAUUUCGACGAUGAGGCGCCAGAAGAAAAUAAUUCCUUGAGCGAUAGGCAAGAGAUUAUAAAACCGAGUCUGAUCAAGAACAAACAGAUUCUGUUUUCGCAGAAUAAUAGGAUACCGAUUAGUAGGAUACCGACGCGAUCGUCGAAGAAAAUAGCAAAACCGAAAGAGGAAGAGACUUAUGCCAAUUGCGAAUCUUCCUGUGAAGACAAAGAGGAAAAUAUGUAUGCGAAUUUCCAGGAGAUGAAGUUACCGUCGACAAGAAAUAUCUCGAGGUUACACAGCCAGAUAGAGAAAACUUUAGCCGAGAAACUGAAGGAGGAGUUAAAGCGCAGAAAUGACCAGCCGGCGAAGAAACCGGCGAUUUGUCCGAAACCGGAGGCAUUGCCGUCGCGGAAAAUCCCGAUGACGGCUUCUGGCAAAGGACUUCCGCAGAAAUCCUUUCUGCAUAAUGCGCCGAAGACACACCAAUACAUUCCUAAUGAUCAAAGCAAAGCGCAAAGAAGAAUGGCCGUGCCACCGCCGCCGGAGCCCAAGAAAAACAAGGACUACACCUCCGUGGAAAUCAAGAAAGGAUUCGACAAGGAAUUACCGAAACCACCGCCAGCCACCAUAAGAAAUUUUGAUCUUGUGGCGAAUUUGCCGGCGCGAACGGAGGAGAGCGAGGACGAGUAUGAAACAUUCGACGAGAACAUCAUCGAGCAAGUACAACAGAAGAGCGAGAUCUCGCGGGUCGAUAGCAAGCAGUCGUUGCACAGCGGUCGUCAGGGAUCAGUGGAGAGUGUUUAUAAACCGCCUAGCGCCGCGAGCCACGAGGAAGAGGAGGAGGAUUACGAGAUUUAUGAGUCUAUUACGGAAACGCCGGAAGAUAAUGGUUACUUGAGCCCCAUUCAAAGGACAAACGAUGCUCAACAAGAACCGCCUCCCUUACCCGCUAAACUGUCGCCGACCCCACCGCCUUCGACUUUUCCUAGUAAAACCAGAUCGGAGGAGCACAAAGACGUACUCGCGAUCCGCCGAAGAAUACGUGACGAAUUCGCGAUAAUGGCAAGUUUAAUGAGCGAUACGAAGCGGAAUAUGUCGCUCAAUACAGCGGUACGCCGGCAAGCAAGUCUCUCGGAAUGUUUAACACAGGCGGCCCUUACGCAAGCUCGACUUAAUUUAGCAAAACGAUCACCGGAUAAAAAAUCAGCCACAUUACCUCAUGCCGGCAGUAAUACUUCGCUGUCAACCGAAAGAGCCACGCGACCGCUACCGCCGCCGCCCGACAAACAAUCUUUUGUAGAUAAACCAUGGUACCAUAAUAUAACGAGGGAACAGGCGGCUAUACUCAUCAAAGAACAAGGUACUUACAGUAACCCACAAGAUGGAUAUUUUUUAUUGAGACCAUCGACGACGAACGUUGGCAAUCCCUUAGCCUUGGUCCUUUGGUAUAAGGACAGGGUUUAUAAUGUUCCAGUUAGGAAGAGAACCGACAAUAGAUAUGCACUGGGCACCGCAAAAGUGAACGAGCUGUCUUUUUCGACAAUCGAUGAGAUCGUGGCGUUUUAUAUGAAGGAGGAACUGAUGCUGUACAGCAGCGGUAUGCAAAUCGGGAGCACGAAAUUGACUGAGACUCCACCAAAGUAAUUUUCGCUAUGAUCAAUCCUACUGUAAAUGAGAAAAAAAAUAUUUGUCAAUAAUUUCGAUGUAUAUAAGAAUUUUACGUGACAUGUAUCAAUACUGCCGAGCAAACAUUUUUGCUAGACAUUGUAACAGUAUCCAAAUGCGUAGGUAGGUAGAUUAAUGGACUGACGAACAAAAUUUUAAACAGUGCCUUUUUGGUGUCUUCAUAUAUUUAAAACAAUAUGUGUAUAUUUAAAUCGAUUGUAAUCGCAUUUUGCGCAAGACAUUAUUACUCUCUUUGCUAAGACAAAUUUUCCGAUUCGAUCUCUGUUUGUCUACAAUUCAUUUUCAAAUUUAUUAUAUGUGCCUUCUUGAUAAAGUGAUAUAAGUAAGCUCGAUUAUUGAGCAGCGGAUCUCUCUCUUAUGGAAUGUAUUAUAUACAUAUUUUUUAAUAUAUAUAAAUAUAUAUGUAUAUAUAUCUUGAUCUUUUUUACUAACGUAGAAAAUAUAUUUAUGGCUGAUUUAUACUUCUGAGAGAAUGAUCUUAUAUGAAGAUAGAAUCUUAUAGAAUAUAGAGAAUAUUUCUUUAAGCAGAGAUCCUAUUGUGUAUUUUGUUUAUCUCUCGUAUCAGUAUUUAUGUAUUUUUAUCCACAAAAAUUGUAGUUAAUGUAUCGUUCUUUAAUCUAUGACAUCAAAGUGAUUAGUAAUCCAGCAUUUGUGUUGGUUAUUUUUAUGAGCCUCUUGGCUCAUCAAAGGAUCAAUGUGAUGACAUAUGUGCAUAUAUCGCAAGACUUAAUUAAAUUUUUUUUUUAGGAAACAAGAUUUGUUUUUUUUUUAUACAUACACGCCCAUGAAUGAAAUACGCAAUAUUAUGCGUCUUAUCGCUUUCUUCUUAUGUGACUGUUUAUAUUUCUCGUCGUACUGUUCUCCUCCCUCCCCGCUGUGUUAAUCAAGUUCACGCUCGAUCCAAUUUUGUAAACAUGAAUCAUUACGCGCACACACAUCUCGAUAUCACGGUUAUCUUACACGUUGAGAAAAAUAGAAAUGAUAAUGUUGACUGACCAGCCGGCUAAAUUGAUAAAUGAUUUCCGAAGUAACCGCGACGUCUCUUACAAUAAUGAUAUAUGCGAAUUCGAUCUCUGUGCAAUGUGAAGCAAUUUUACGAUCGAUUGAUUUUAGAUUUUUUGUGGAAUAUGCAUAUUGUGUUCUCGCGACAAUGCAUGUAAUUAUAUAUAUGGAUGCCUGUGAACUUUGAAUCAAACUAUUAAUUGAUAAAAGUAAAAUCGAACAUUCUUUGCGCAAUGAUACUGUAUAUUAUGAGUUUGUCAGUAUACUUUUCUUGUUUUGCAUUUUAAUGCUGUCUUCGACAGUAUAUAA